AUGGAAACCAGUCAGAUGCCCAAGUCAGGGAUUCAUCAGAAGUUGGGACCGGAGAUCAGUCAAAAUCCCAUGGAAAAUCAUGUUAACCCAGAAAAGGAAACUGAUGAAACUCCAGUAGCUGAGGUUAACCAAGAGCCUGUGGAAACAUGUCAGGGCGCAGUGGUGGAAACUGAUAUUAUCCCAGAAAAGCAAGCUGUUCUAGAGGCAGGCUUAGAGGUUAAUGAAGAACCUACGGAAACAUGCCAGGAAACAGCUGCAGAAUGUGAUGUUAACCCAGAGAAGCGAACUUCUGAUCCAAGUGUUAUUUACCGCUGCAGAAAGUGCCGGAGAAUGCUUGCAACACAAGAAUUUGUUGUUACCCAUGAAGUAGGUGCGGGUGGCAAGAGCUUCAGAGCAGGAAAACAGUCUAAUGUGCAUGAGGAUGGCGAAAAACCAGAAUGUCCAUGCAUCUUCGUGGAGCCCAUGAAGGGGAUGCAAACUGAGCAUUGUCAUGAAAUCUCUGAUGUUCUCAUCUGCUCCAUGUUUUAUUUGCAGUGGAAGAAGGUUAUGUUGCGAACAAGCUCUUUUGCAUGGGAUGCAAAGCUCGUCUAG